AUGGAGCCCGAAAAGGUACAAGUAACGACUAUCGAAAACAAGUCGGUUCGAUCGCUAUCCUUAGAUUCAAGACCAAAGGCUACAUGGAGUGAAGAAGAGGAGAGGAGGCUUAUCAGGAAGCUUGAUUGGCGCAUAUUACCGGUGGUUAUUAUCUUGUACUUGGCCAACUUUAACAACAUCGGUCUCUCGAUCUUCUACAUCACCUAUGCACUUUCUGAGGUCCCUUCAAAUCUUUUGCUAAAGCGGAUUGGAGCGGACAAAUGGAUUCCUGUACUCGUUACUGGGUUUGGGCUGGUCUGCUUUUGUACAACAUUUAUCAGGAAUUUUGCCGGAUUUAUGGUCGUACGUGCUCUAUUGGGUUUGUGGGAAGGUGGUAUGAUGCCCGGUGUAACAUUUUACUUGAGCACCUAUUACAAGCGUCACGAGCUUGUUUUCCGCAUUGGUAUCUUUGUUUCUGCAUCUUCCCUUAGUGGGGCGUUUGGGGGACUACUCGCUUCUGGGUUGCUCAAGAUCCCUCAACUGAAAGGAGUUCCAAGUGGGGCGUGGCGCAAUAUAUUGGAAGGUGCUAUUACGAUGGCACUCGGCUUAGCGGCCUUCUACUUCCUUCCUGGGCCAGCGGAGAGGACCAAGUUCCUGAAUGAGCGAGAGAAGAUGAUUGCUAUUCAAAGACUCAUGCAAGAUGAAGACAAUGGUAAUACGGCGGGCUCCCAAGCGGCCAAAGGGGACUCGUGGUGGAGAACAUUCAAGAGCUUGAAUACGUGGAUCUGCGCUAUUUGCUUCCUUCUCAAUAACAUGACCGUCCAAGGCAUUUCGUUAUUUAUGCCUACAUUGUUAAAAGGAAUGGGCUACUCAACUAUUCAGUCACAACUACGAACUGUCCCCCCUUACGUUGUUGCAUCUGUGUUUUCUAUCGCAAUUGCCUAUGGUUCUUUCCGUAGCGGCCGUCGGGGCAUGUGGCUCCUUUUUAUUGUGCCGUUAGUAAUUACUGGCCUUGCUAUCCUAUUGGGAACUUCGAAUUCUCAAGCAAACUAUGCUGGAGUAUUUUUGAUUGCGAUGGGUGCGUUCCCGCAGGGACCUAUUCUCCUAAGCUGGGCCACAAACAAUUCUGCGCCCAAUACUGUUCGAGCUGUAAGCUCCGCUCUGGUGGUUGCCAUUGGUACCAUGGGCCCAAUCGUAACAUCCUGGAUAUAUUUGCCAAGUGAUUCGCCAAGGUAUCCAAUCGCAACUGGCGUUCAAGUCGGUGCGCAAGGUGCUUUCUUCAUCUUAGCAUCCUUCCUCAUCCUGCAUAAUAUACGGGAGAAUCGUCGUCGCGCAAGGGGAGAACGAGAUUACCGCUUGAACGCUUCCGAAGAAGAGGUUGCUCGCCUGGGUUCGUUGCACCCAAAUUUCCGCUUGGUUCUUUAG